AGCGAGCAGAGCUCCGGGCGCUACCGCCACCGCCGCCGAGCUAGUGAGAGCGAAGGAGCAUCCCAGAGACCCAGCCCCCGUGCACUGGCCGCCACCGAGACCUCCGCCCUCACCUGGGCCAGCGGGAGCCGCGGCCGCCUUUCUCUCCCCCCCUCACCUUCCCGGCCGGCAGCGGCGGCUGCACACGCCGGAGCCGGAGCCCGAGCCGGAGCAGGAGCCGGCGGCAGGGGGGCAGGGAGGCGGCUACCACGGGCCGGGACUGGUAGCUUCUCCGUGGUGAGAGGACGCUGAGGAGGGGCUGGAAUUUUGCCUCGUCCCGGGGCGUGGGGCGAAGGACUCCCAAGGUGUAGGGAGGGGGGUCCCAGCCGCAGCGACACAUGCGGGAGCCGGGAGCGGGGGCGGCGCCGAGCGGAGCCGGCCGGGUCCCCAGCCUCGCGGCCGCCUCGGCCACCCGGCUGGGUCCGUAGCAUCUUGCCCCGGAGUGUAUGAGCCGGGGCCCCAAGCCCAGCAGCCACCCCCCGCCCGGGGGGGCGGGGACCCCAAUGUGAAGCAGCGGCUGGGGCGGCGGGGAGAGCAGGACCGGCGCCGCCGUCCUUUCCCUACCUUCCCCUCCCCUCCCCUCCGCCCCCUCCGGGGGUCUUCUCUCCCGAUCAGUCUCCGGCCCCCCGGCUCCUCGGCAGGACUCCGGGAGUUCUUAGAGUCCCCUCCCCCGCCCCAGCCCCCCCCAGGGCGGCGGGGCCGGGGGGGAUCCGGGGGGCCGGCCGAACCUCCGCCCAGAGGAAACUUUAUAAAAACAAACCCGGAGCUUCCCAAACGUGACUGUCCCGGGACCAGCGGCCCUGGACCGGCCGGAGCCCCAGCCUGAAGAGACCCAGGAAGAGGAAAAGAAGAGGUGAGGGGCCGCCGGCCGCGCGGAAGAGCCCCGGGUGGCUGGCUGGCCGGCUUGGCGACACCGGCCCCGCUUCUUGCUCAGUUCCACGCCCAGCCUUCCGCAGCCGCCGCCGGCCCGAAGGAGGAAGGGAACCAGCCCACUUUCCCGGCGCCGCGGCCCGUCCCGAAAGCAAUGUGAAAACCUUUGCAUCUUCUGAUAGUCUAGCCAAGGUGCAAGAAAUAGCAAGCUGGCUUUUGGAAAUGAAUCAGGAACUGCUCUCUGUGGGCAGCAAAAGACGACGAACUGGAGGCUCUCUGAGAGGUAACCCUUCCUCAAGCCAGGUAGAUGAGGAACAGAUGAAUCGUGUGGUGGAGGAGGAACAGCAGCAACAACUACGACACCAAGAGGAGGAGCACACUGCAAGGAAUGGUGAAGUGGUUGGAGCAGAACCUAGGCCUGGAGACCAGAAUGAUUCCCAGCAAGGACAAGUUGAAGAAAACAAUAAUCAAUUUAUUUCAGUAGAUGAGGAUUCCUCAGGAAACCAAGAAGAGCAAGAAGAAGAUGAAGAACAUGGUGGUGAGCAAGAUGAGGAAGAUGAAGAAGAAGAGGAAAUGGACCAGGAGAGUGAUGAUUUUGAUCAGUCUGAUGACAGUAGCAGAGAAGAUGAACAUACACAUAGUAACAAUGUCACAAACUCUAGCAGUAUUGUGGACCUGCCCAUUCACCAACUCUCCUCCCCAUUCUAUACAAAGACAACAAAAAUGAAAAGAAAGUUGGACCAUGGUUCUGAGGUCCGUUCCUUUUCUUUGGGAAAGAAACCAUGCAAAGUCUCAGAAUACACAAGUACCACUGGGCUUGUACCAUAUUCAGCAACACCAACAACUUUUGGGGACCUGAGAGCAGCCAAUGGCCAAGGGCAACAACGACGCCGGAUUACAUCUGUCCAACCACCAACAGGCCUCCAGGAAUGGCUGAAAAUGUUUCAGAGCUGGAGUGGACCAGAGAAGUUGCUUGCUUUAGAUGAGCUCAUUGAUAGUUGUGAACCCACACAAGUGAAACAUAUGAUGCAAGUGAUAGAACCCCAGUUUCAAAGAGACUUCAUUUCCUUGCUUCCUAAAGAGCUGGCACUCUAUGUGCUUUCUUUCCUGGAACCCAAAGACCUGUUACAAGCGGCUCAGACAUGUCGCUACUGGAGAAUUUUGGCUGAAGACAACCUUCUCUGGAGAGAGAAAUGCAAAGAAGAGGGGAUUGAUGAACCAUUACACAUCAAGAGAAGAAAAGUAAUAAAGCCAGGUUUCAUACACAGUCCAUGGAAAAGUGCAUACAUCAGACAGCACAGAAUUGAUACAAAUUGGAGGAGAGGAGAGCUCAAAUCUCCUAAGGUGCUGAAAGGACACGAUGAUCAUGUGAUCACAUGCCUGCAGUUUUGUGGUAACCGAAUAGUUAGUGGUUCUGAUGACAACACUUUAAAAGUUUGGUCAGCAGUCACAGGCAAAUGUCUGAGAACAUUAGUGGGACAUACAGGUGGAGUGUGGUCAUCACAGAUGAGAGACAAUAUCAUAAUUAGUGGAUCUACAGACCGGACUCUCAAAGUGUGGAAUGCUGAGACUGGAGAAUGUAUACACACUUUGUAUGGGCAUACUUCCACUGUACGUUGUAUGCAUCUCCAUGAAAAAAGAGUUGUUAGCGGUUCUCGAGAUGCCACUCUUAGGGUUUGGGAUAUUGAGACAGGCCAGUGUUUACAUGUCUUGAUGGGUCAUGUAGCAGCAGUCCGCUGUGUUCAGUAUGAUGGCAGGAGGGUUGUUAGUGGCGCAUACGAUUUUAUGGUGAAGGUAUGGGAUCCAGAGACCGAGACCUGUCUACACACGUUGCAGGGGCAUACUAACAGAGUCUAUUCAUUACAGUUUGAUGGCAUCCAUGUGGUGAGUGGAUCUCUUGAUACAUCAAUCCGAGUUUGGGAUGUGGAGACAGGGAAUUGCAUUCACACGUUAACAGGGCAUCAGUCGUUAACAAGUGGAAUGGAACUCAAAGAUAAUAUUCUUGUCUCUGGGAAUGCAGAUUCUACAGUUAAAAUCUGGGAUAUCAAAACAGGACAGUGUUUACAAACUUUGCAAGGUCCCAACAAGCAUCAGAGUGCUGUGACCUGUUUACAGUUCAACAAGAACUUUGUAAUUACCAGCUCAGAUGAUGGAACUGUAAAACUAUGGGACUUGAAAACGGGUGAAUUUAUUCGAAACCUAGUCACAUUGGAGAGUGGGGGUAGUGGGGGAGUUGUCUGGCGGAUCAGAGCCUCAAACACAAAACUGGUGUGUGCUGUUGGGAGUCGGAAUGGGACUGAAGAAACCAAGCUGCUGGUGCUGGACUUUGAUGUGGAUAUGAAAUGAAGAGCAGAAAAGAUGAAUUUUGUCCAAAUGUGUAGACAAUAUACUCCCUGCCCUUCUCCCUGCGCAAAAAAAAAAAAAAAAAAAA